AUGUGCUUAAACGCUCAUUUACCUCCCGAAUUGCUCGUUGUUAUCUUUGAGGAGUGCGCAGCACUCUCGCACAUAGACCAAAACCCCUGGCAGAUCCACACUUGCUGGCGAGCUUGCCUGCAGGACUGGAUAUGCGUCACCCACGUCUGCCGUCAUUGGCGCAUGGCUGCUCUCACGUGUUCGGCGUUGUGGAGUCGCCCACCUCUCACUUCCUCACAGUGGACAAGGGAAUUUCUCUCGCGCACCACUGCAAUCACCCCUCUCAUCGUAUCGGGGUGUGUUCUUAAUGACCCGUCAAGUGCCGCGUCCUGGGUCACGGAUAAUCUCCGUCGUAUCCGAGAGCUGGUCAUCAAAACGACGACCGAUGCGCUGUGCGUCAUUCUCUCCGAAAUCGGGCGUCAACAAACUCUAUCUCUUGAGUCGCUCAGUAUCAUUAAUGCCGAAGACGCAGGUGGCUGGCUCGGGAAUAUACUUCCCACUGAUACUCGACUUGGUAACGCCUGCAAACUUACGCGGUUACACCUAAGCAAUUUGUUCUUCAGCCUUCCCCGAGGGUUUUUGAAUAACCUGCAGAACCUACGCGAACUGUCACUUAUUGAGACAAUUUGCUGCUUAAACGAAGAAGACAGGCGGAAUGGCAUCUGCCUGCCGCGGCUUCGGCGUCUUCACGUCACGGACACCCUCGAUGUCUGCCAAGAGUUCAUGUCAACCCUUCAGCUCUUGAAUCCCCUUGAAUACUUCGGUUUAGAAGACGACUAUUCCCAGCUUCUCUCAUCCAUUUUCAUGCCUGUUGUAUGCGACCUUCUUUCCUUUGAUGCAAUCGGCCAUGACAGUGAAGUGGAGCUUCCAUUGCCGCUCGAUGGAUACCAUGCAGCGCUCGGCGUAGACCUGCAACCGUCACAUUGCUCUCACCAGUCAAUCCAGUUCCAUUUUGAAGCAGGCAAAUAUGACGCCAUGGAUGAUACUUGCAUUUGUGUCCUGUGCAGAAGAGUCCUUUCUCGUGUAGACAAAGAGGGAAAUACAGCAAACAACCUAACCGCCGUUUCGGAGAAUCAUCCUGGGCUGUAUACCAGCGGGAUCCUCCGAUCUGACAUCGGCCAGUUCGUUUCCGCGAUGUCUGCAUCGCUGUCUCUUGACUGUGUUGUUUACCUGCACAUACUUAACAGAGCUCGCUGGACCGUGACAGCAGCUGAUUUUUCCAACAUCUUCAACGCGAUGCCACGAUUACGCUCUUUGUCCGUUUGUCACAUCCAGCUCCCAGCUCUCACUCAGGCUUUGGCUCCGCACCAGCAACAAGAACAUCCCACUGAACUUCCCAUUCCAAGCCUUCGGAAACUUGCACUAGGUGUCGUUGACUUCUCAGCUGAGAGAAACGGUGCGACGAGCGGGAUGUCCCUCGCAGCAUGUCUUUCCUCCCGCGCGGGCUAUGGAGCUCCCCUCGAGACUCUAUCGCUUCUCGCCUGCAUGAACUUGGAUGAGGAUGAGGAAUAUACAAAAGGACUUGAAGUAACAGUGACGACGCACUCAUAUAACAUAUAUUUCACGCGUUGGAGGGAUCUCGGCUUAUUCAUUCUUAGCACUCCCGGAAGGCGGGAGGUGACACCCGGGUUUUCCAUCGUGAGGCCAGUACUUGGCUACACACUCAACAAUCAACAGACCCAGCGCGAAAAAACAGACAGCAUCAGCACUCACCAAGAAAUAUCCACUCGAAACAUUCCGAGCAAAACAGAGCCGAUCGGUCCGGGUCGUAUCUCUUAUUAUGAACGUCACAGUCCUCUGCGGAAACAAAAGCACCAGCGUUCGAAUCCGAGUCGGAGGAACUACGGGGAACAGGACCGCGACGCAAUGGUUCAUAACCGUGACGGCGCUUCCUGUGCUUGGUCUUGGCUGCUGUGGGCCCACAAGGUAGAAACCCCUUUUGAAAAGUUAUGUAAUGUAAUUGACUACCUGAUUGUUUACGGAAUCUACCCGACGGAGUGCAUAAGCGAGUAA